AAUUCCGAUAGAGUAAAUUUUCGCUCGACAGUCAAAGUAGAAAGUCUGAAUUAUUGCUUCAUCAAAAAGCGGGGGUUGGAAAAAGAUAGUUGCCGAGGAUCUAUAGAUUGUUCUGCAUUGAAGAGUUCGCCCUGGGGCGACAAUCAAUCAAGAUGAAUACUGCAGGCUAGACCCUCAAUUACAGCCUCAUGAUCCCGAUUUUCACCCUCCAACAAUGGAAACGUGAUUAAACGGAGGGAACAAUUUUUCAACACGAGAAUUCAUCGUCUGUUAAAUUUUUUUAAUUGAAAAUUUAGAGGGGUGAAUUGAAACAAAGGAUUCAUGACUAGUUUAGCAUCUCCAUUUCCCUGAAAGCCCCUGUAAUAAUCUUGACGCAUUAAAUUAAAGUGGGGGAUUAAUUUCCAAGGGGAGACAAUUAGGUACUUCAUUUUCUAAAAUUAUUUGCUGAGAAGUUAUGAGUUAAAUGAGAGAUCAAACUAAUUCGGAAAUUAUUAACGAAGUAAAUGAGCAGUUUGAUUGGAAACUGUGGCAGUAAGACUGUCUUCUUUCUCGGGUAAGCUCAUUAUUUAUAAAAAAACCUCGAAGACUUCGAACUUUGAAUUAUUGCUCCACCAUAAAUCUGAGAUUGAAAAAAAUCCUUCCCGAGGAUCUAUAGAUUCUCAUGCAUUCAGGAGUCUGCCCUCAAGCGGCAAUCAAUCAAGACGAAAUCUCCAGUCUAGACCUUCAAUCACAGCUGAUGAUCCCAAAUUCCGCCAACAAAGGAAACUCGAUUAAACGAGGGGAAAUAGUGUAUUUCCGGGCUUGUGCGAUGGGCUUUUUUGCACGUACAGAGGUGCGAACGAGUCGAAAGCACAAGAUCUCCCCCAACGAGUAAAAAUCGCUCGUCCCGACUUGACAAAAUACUUUUAAAAGCAACAAAAAAUAUUCAUGAAAUUCUUUUCGAAGGCACUCACACCAGUGGGAGUUUCUAGGAAUCAUUCGAGAAAUGAAUGAUUUUCGGAGCUUUAAUUUCCUCUUAAAAUGAACAUCAAUGCGAUAGAUCGAUCAAAUGAUUCGUCACUUCUUCAUUGUGAUGCAAUUCACAUUAAUCAAGAGGGUGGACAGUGAAUAGGUCAUACAAUUCCUGAGUGACGGAGGAUCGAACAAUUUCAGGGGAGAAAGAGAAAUAUUUUUAUUGGGAUAUAAAAAUUCAUGACAGUCAUCAAUUGAUCACAUGAGAAAUAAGGAACAGGGAUUUUCCUAGAAGAUUUGAAACUUUCGACAAAUCGUGAGUCGAAAGAGAUUAAUUCCGAGGAUUUGCAGAUCCCCCCGCACCCAAUGCUUCCGGCAAUCAAUCAGAGCUAAACCUCCAGUCCAGCCCUUCAACCACAUCCCCUUACGAUUCGAAAAACUUCCACAAGUACAACUGAAUUGAGCUCAUGGAAAGAGAAUGUCAGCUGGAAGAAUUAAAAUUAUCAGCUUCACACCUCAUCGGAGACUCAUGGCCACCCUGGUGGCCCUCAUGAUGUCCUAAAAAUUAAUCCAGAAUCGACCAGGCCAUUUAUUUAAAUGUAGAUGUACACAAAACAAAUAAUCAUGUACUGUAAUUAUUCAGUGCAAAUAAUCCAGCAACUUUUCAUCGCUUUAAAUAAUCCCAGAAAAAGCUCAAGACCUCAUUCACCCCCACAUCCGUCUAAUCCAAUUCGAAAAAAAAAUCUAUACACCAUCACGAGGGGGAUGAACAUAUGGUGGCUGGAAGUGCGGAGGGGAGGCCUUCGGAAUUGGACAGGGAAUGGGCACAAGUUGAGGGACGAGGUUUGCCCUCGUGCCUCGGUGGUGAAAGCUGAUGGCAGAUCGAAUCCUCAGUUGGCGAUGGGAGAGGGGUUGAAUGCGCGGGAUGCCAGCUCACCUUGCGCAUUUCAUCCACUUUUCCCCAAUCGUACAGCAACCAGAGUCGACUGUUGGUGAGACUCACCAGUCAGUACUGGACAAGCGCGAGGUGACGGACUCCAAUCGAGGCUUGAAGUGAUUAAUCGUGAACAAUGAGUCUAACUGAGGGUGGCGAGCUGCCGUCGGUGGUUGAAUUGAAUGUGGGUGGAGUCUUCUACACGACAUCGCGAUCAACUCUGAUGAAAGAGAGUGAGUCGCAUUUGUCAGCGAUAUUAACUGGCAAGACGAGCCUGGAGAGGGACUCCAAGGGCCGAUAUUUCCUCGAUCGUGAUGGUGUCCUGUUCCGGUAUGUUCUUGAUUUCCUUCGGAAUGACUCGCUGAUCCUGCCGGAGGCAUUUCGCGAGCGUGAGAGACUCCGCUGCGAGGCAGUUUUUUACAGACUUCCUGGCUUGGAGAGGGCCAUCAAGGAGCCCAAUGGCAAACGUCCCGUUGGCUACAUCACCGUUGGCUAUCGCGGUAGCUUUGCCUUCGGCCGGGAUGGACUUGCCGACGUCAAGUUCAGGAAAUUGUCCAGAAUACUUGUCUGUGGACGUGUCGCCCUGUGCAGGGACGUCUUCGGGGAGACACUCAACGAGAGCCGGGAUCCUGAUCAUGGAAUGUCCGAUAGAUACACCUCCAGGUUCUUCCUCAAGCACAGCUUCAUUGAGCAGGCAUUCGACAUGCUCCAGGAGCAGGGAUUUAAACUCGUUGCCAGCUGUGGAUCUGGCACUGCUGGUGGCAGUGCUGAGCAACUCAAGCCUGGAGUUGAUUCGGAGGAAAAUCGGUGGAAUCAUUAUAAUGAAUUUGUUUUUGUUAGGGAGUAAGGAGAGGGGAGCAGUCGAUGGGGUGCUUUGAAACAAUAAUUUUGACAAUUAUCUGCGCCUAUCGCUGUAGACGGUAUUGAGAGGGUCUGGAGGUUUCGGGGGGCACUGGCUCCUCUUCAGGUGAUUCCCAUGUUUUUCGAUGGAUUUUUGGAGAAAUUUUUGGGUCAAAAUUAUUCGAUCGAUCGUCUCCCAGGGGCAUAGAAAAAUGUGGAAAUUAACUGAAAGGGUGUAAAACACCCUUAAGAGGGUUUCAUUCUUUGAGGGGUGGCGACAUGAUCGAGCAUUUGCUCGAGUGGUUUUUCGGCUUCAGUUUUGCGUUCUUAAGCGGUGUCGUGUGGGGGAGUGAGGAAUGAGGGUAUUGGAAAUGGUUUAUAUGAAAUUGUAUUUUGUGAUGAGGGUUCCACUAUUUCACUGCUGAAUUGCAUCGAUAAGUGCGAGGUUUUUGGGUUUACAAAUUAAUGUCUAAAUUAUCUGAGUCUGUUCAUCGAGGAAAUCAAACAAAGAGCUCGUAAAAUUUUAUAGAAAAAUAAUGGAUCAUCAAAAAAUGUGAUAAAAACCUAAAAAAGUAUUAAGUUCCAUAAAAAUUCCCUCGCACAUCUUUGCCCUUUUUAUCCAGGUUUUUUUCUCCGUCUUCACACGGAUUUCUCCCCAACGGAAUGUCUCCAUCUCUUCCCCCCUAUAAUCCUCAAUUACAACAGAGAUAAUUUGAUAAUUCAGUAAUGAAGUAGUGGAACGAAAUAGCUUUCCUGGUAAGAACGAGGGAUUGAAGUAAAAUGUCAAGCGAAUUUGACUUACCUCACUUCCCCACUUCGUUCCACAAACGAGAUAAUCUUCUACGAGACGUAAUAGACUUCCAACCACUUCCUCCGAUAUAUUAGAUAAACUUACGACAAUUGUGGGAGGCAAGUAAUGACUCUGACUGUCUGCACGGGUAUUAAAAAACAAAAAUAAUAAUAAUGGUAAAAUUAAUGCUGUACGAUCAACUAUUUAUACUGAGUAACUGUAGAUACUACAACCUGUAACACUUGAUGCAUUCAACUGUUGCAUUCACAGAGAAUAUGUAAUAUAUGUAACUCUUGUUUCCAGUCACCAAUGCACAUAUCUGUAAUGAACGAACGAGUGCGCCAAUUUUUGAAAAAUCAAUCAUUGAUGUAUCGUUGUCGAAUUUUUUUUUUCCUCGAGAUUUACAGAGAAAAUGUAGAGAAUUCUGAACACGAAUCAUCCAGGGUCACGGCUGCAUUCUAUUAUUAUUGUGAAUGUGGAAUGAAAGAUUAGGAAAACGAGUGUUACGUGCGUUAGAACUUCACUUUCACGUGAGAAAUAUGAUAAUAUUAUCUGUUGAUGAAAUACGUUAUUUCAGGAACGAAGUGAUGGAACGAUAUUUGUCGAUUUUACUAUGGAUUUUUGUGUUAGCUUUUAACUGCCAAUAAGUCGAGAUCGGUUGAGUGAAAAUCAACAUUUUUGCUUUCAUAUUCAAGAUUUUUCUUGGGACUUCAAAAUGAGAUGUGACUUGGGGAAAUUGGUUCAUUUGUUCAGGAGAUUUUGGAGUUUGUUUGACGGUACACUUCGCAAUUUCGUUCUAUCAAUUUGCGAAUGAUUUCUUCCAUAAUCUGUCUUCUAUGUCGAUUUUAAAAAAUCAAUGGGUGCAGAGAAGUCUAAUUGAGAGGAGAAUACCUAAUGUAUAGAUUUCUCUUCGAGUGAUAGAAUAAGUAGUGAAUUCGAUUGAUGAUAAAACUAUGAGAAAAUCAUUGGAA